GCUGAGACUCCUCUCCGACUCCUUUGGCAGGCACGAAAUUCGCACGAUUCGCCGCCGUUCGCGAGAGUAGUACUCGAUACGUCGCUUGUACUACUAUACAACGAGGCCUUCCCCCGUGUGUGUGCGCGCGUGUGUCCGUGCAGUCCAGUGGCAGCUGCACUCCCUAUUUCAUAUAGUGCGUGUGCGAAUGCGUGCCUGGCGUGCUUUCAGGUGCACGGCACACGAGUGUCUCUCGCCGAAAACUCGGAGCGGGCAGUAGUGACCAGCAGCGACUGUGUGGUCUGCCUACUGCGAUCCCCAAGCACGACCAACGCUCCCUGCAACUAGUCACACGGCAUCUCAUUGAUGCCUCCGCACGUCGUCCACUCACACACGCAAGUGUAUGCAUAAAAUUGGCUCUGUGUGUGUGCACCCGUACUACGUGUGGGCCAACCUAUACCUGUAGGAGCCUAGGAGUAGCCGACCGAGCCAACGAAAAGCAGUCGAGAGACUUGGCUGGCGUAUCGUACGCGCACGGCAUUACCAAUACUACUUCGUAUAUAUAGCGAGAGACAGUUCGCUAUACACAGGCCUGGCUGGCAGCUAUACACACACACAUUACACAUACACGCUCGCGCACACACACACAUACUCAUACACCUAUAGUCAUAAUAACACUUGCAGCGUGAGCAGUGUGCCACUGACUGCCAAAUCGAUCGGGAGCUAGCGCGAGAACGACCGACGUGUGCUCGUAUAUAUACUACACUUACUCCUCUUUCUGCUGCAUACAUUGCUGCUUCAAUUUCUAUUUCAUCGACUCCUAACCUGGACGAAUGCAGACGGAUAUGCAGCGACCCUUCGUAACGAGCCGAGAUUCGUCCUGCUUCUUCUGUUGCUGACCUCGGUGUGUGCCGCAGACGAAUUGCCAUUCGAUAACCGACACCGACCACUCGACGCCGUCGAUAUCGGUGUCGUCGCUGACAGCGGGAUUUCGCUGAUACAACAGCGUUCCCUGUAAAAUAUUUCCUUCUCAUUUGACUGCGUGUCUUUGAUAUGACCAGCCCAAUGACUCCCGGAACAGAUCCGUGGAUUAUUUUAGCGCACGAACGUGCCCGAUACCAGCAACAAUUUGAUUCUCUCAAGCCUAUCAAUGGGGUCAUUACUGGUGGCCAAGCCAAAAACCUCUUUUUACAGUCGCAGCUACCACCUGCUGUGCUUGGACAGAUAUGGGCAUUAUCCGAUACUGAUUCCGAUGGACGAAUGGACAUCAACGAAUUCAGUAUAGCCUGUAAACUUAUCAACUUGAGGCUCAGAGGUUUCGAAGUACCAAGUUCAUUACCUCCUUCGCUGAUUCGAAGUUUGCAGGCAUUCGCUGCUGUCAAUACCAGUGUUGUGAGUCCUGUGGUAGCUCCACAAAUUCCAGCUCAAGUUGCUACAACUAAUAUUGCUCCUAUACCACGUCCUACUGCAGGAGUUAUGCCAAGCGCAGUUCCAGGAACAAUCCCAGCUGCAGUAUCUGCAAAUGUUUCCAUGACAUCUCCUCCACUAAUUCCAGGACCUCCAUCAGCAGUUCCAGCUAUGACUAUGCCCAUAGAGGACUCCACUGAUGAUAAGGUCGACAGUGGUGCAAUUCCACAAAGACCUACACCUCCCGACAGUAUCGGAGCUGGAUUCGUACCAACUGCAGGACCACCACCGAAACCGCAGCCGCCGUCAUUUCCUAGUAGUCCAGUUAUAUCACCUGUCAAGCCAGUUGUGCCGCCUAUGGUUCCACCGCCCCCCGCUCAGAUGACCCAACCCUUGGCUGCUCCUGUUUCGAAUAUCGAUUUAUUCGAUCUUUUAAUGUCGGAAGCAAUGCCACCGGUAGCCCCCGUAGCACCUAUCGCUCCGAUGAGCACGGGUCCAGUACCGACAACGGCAUUCGCUAUGCAGCCCCAGGCAAUGCAAAUGCAAGGUAUGCCAGCUCAAGUCAUACCCACUCAAGCUCUGCCUGCGCAAGUAAUACCGACGCCGCAAGUUGUACCCGCUACUGCGGGUAUUAUACAGCCUCUACCCGCCGCAGCACCCGUAGUGCCUAUCGUAGGUUCUGGCAAUGGCAUCAUGACAACUGCAGUAUCCCCGCCUGCAGCAGUAGCUCCGACCAUAACUCCACCCGUUACACCUCUAUCUACUGCUGGAAUGAAUGGCAGUAUAAUCCAUACGCCAGUAUCAACAAGCACACCAAUCUCCACCACAGCUAGACCACCAAGCAUAGAUCGCAUGGGUUCGGUCGACUCACAGCAUAGCCAACACUCCAUUACUUCACCACCUCCGCAGCCACAACAACCCCUCGACUGGGCUGUACCACAUCAAACGAAGCUCAAGUACACGCAACUUUUUAAUACCUGGGAUAGAACACGCUCGGGUUUUCUCUCGGGGCCGCAAGCACGGAAUAUUAUGGUGCAGACGCAACUUCCACAGGCAAUUCUUGCUCAAAUUUGGGCUUUGUCGGAUAUGGAUUCGGAUGGUCGGUUGGGCUGCGAAGAAUUUGUUUUGGCGAUGCAUCUCUGCGAUAUGGCGAAAAAUAAUGAAGUUAUACCUCCAGCAUUACCACUAGAAUUGAUACCUCCCACUUUCAGAAGACAAAGGCAAAGUUCAGUGUCAUCACAAGGUAUUCCCGAAGCAGCAGACCCUCUUGCCGGAAUGCCUCAGACCACAUUUGAAGAUAAGCGUAAAGAAAACUUUGAGAAGGGUCAAGCUGAACUAGACAGAAGACGAAAAUCAUUGCUCGAAAUUCAGCGCAAAGAACAAGAAGAACGUGAACGUAAAGAAAGAGAAGAAGCUGAAAAGCGUGAAAAAAUCAGACUAGAGCAGGAAAGGCGUCGACAAGCAGAAUUAGAGCAACAAAUGUUAAGGCAAAAAGAAAUAGAAGAGGAGAAAGAGAAUGAACGGAAGCGAGCGCAAGAGCAAAGAGAGGCCGCGAGAAAAGAAAUGGAAAGACAACGUCAAUUAGAGUGGGAAAAUAACAAAUCUCAAGAGUUACAAUCACAGCGACAAAAAGAACAAGAGGAGCUUCUUAAAUUAAAAGGCAAAAAUCAAUCUUUAACAAUCGAUCUUGGUUCAUUGAAUGACAAAGUCAAAGAGCUGUCACAAAAAAUUUGUGAUACUCGUGUAGGUGUAUCAACAGUAAAAACGACCAUCGAUGGAAUGCGUACGACCCGUGAUCAGCAACUACAAGAAAUGGCUUCUCUGAAAAAUAAACUACGCGAACAAAAUCAACGGCUACUUGCUUGUGGUCAAGAAAAAGCUCGCCUCGAAGCAAAAACGAAAGCGAUGGAUGCUGGUAACGAAGAGGCGCAGAAACUAAAGCAACUUGCUAUAAAGCAGCUCGAAGACAAGAUUGCCGAUCUAGAAAAAGAAGUAAAAGAAAAAGAGCAAGAAGUAGAAAAUAGUAACAAACAAUUGGAGGAAAUGAAAGAUGAAAUGAAAGAACUGUUCGAAAAUUGCGUGGAAAUGAACAAAAAAUUCGAAGAAAAGAAAAUGGUCAUUCUUGACCUUCGCAAAUCUGGAGCACCAAGUGGUGGAUUCUCUACGGCAGCAUGGGGAGAGGAUGCUUGGGGCGAUACUAGUACAGGCGAAGUUGACAUAGAUUCGUGGCCUACAGAUGAUGCAGCCAAUAUUAAUGUAGCUGCAACAGUAACCAGUGCCCAGCCCGAAGAAGAUCUUGGUGGAGGAAAGAAGUAUCGGGCUCUUUACGAAUUUGUUGCAAGGAAUCAGGAUGAAAUUUCCUUCCAGCCAGGAGACAUAAUAAUUGUCCCACCUGUACAAAAUGCAGAACCUGGUUGGAUGGCUGGAGAAAUUCGAGGUCAUACAGGAUGGUUCCCAGAGUCUUACGUCGAGCCAGUUGAGGUUGAUGUUGAUCCGACUGAAGCUGUGUUUGCUCACCAAGACAGCACUGAAAAGCGGAUGUUAGAAGGAAUUGCUGAAGUUCCUGAAAACGUAUCGGACGCCGGUUCGGCAGCAAGUGAAGCACCUUAUAUUGAACCCAUCACACCUAAAUUUGGUGAAGGACAGUUGUGCAACAUAUCAGCAACGACAUUGUAUCAAUACCGACCUACUUCAGAACAACACUUGAUCUUUAAUAAAGGCGAAACUGUUACUGUUAAAGAACAACAGGAUGUUUGGUGCUAUGGGGAAUCAUCUACUGGUCAAGUUGGUUGGUUUCCCAAAGCGUAUGUCAAAAUGGAAGAAGUAUCUAAUGGACAAGAUACAGCAUCAACCGAAGGCCUCAACGAGUAUUAUAUGUCUCUUUAUGGGUACAACUCUAAUGAGGCUGGUGAUCUUGAUUUCAACAAUGGUGAGGUUAUUCUUGUUAUCAAGAAAGAUGGCGAUUGGUGGACUGGGGUUAUUGGUGACAGACAGGGUAUUUUCCCAUCGAAUUAUGUUGAAAAAUACGACAUGCCAGUUGACCAGCCUGCCGUUGCAACUCAAGACAUUCCAAAGCUUGAACACUUGAGUGACACUGAAUCACCUUUAAAAACACAAGAAGUUAUAAAGCCACAGCAGCAACAACAGCUACCAUUGGAGAAAACAGCUGAGCAAUUAGAAGAAGAACGAGCAGAAGCCGAAGACAGAGCUGAAUUACCUGAUUUUUCAGCCAUGUCUCAACAGCAGUAUCCAUCGAAGCGAGGUCGAAAACCAGCCGUCGUUCAAGUGAUAGCGCCGUACAAAGCUACCAGUAUCGAACAAUUGGAUCUGCAAAAAGGUCAAUUAAUUAUGGUCCGUAAAAAGACUGAAUCUGGUUGGUGGGAAGGUGAACUACAAGCAAGAGGCAAAAAAAGACAAAUCGGAUGGUUUCCGGCGUCGUAUGUCAAAGUUUUGCAGAGCUCACGGCCGGCAAGUAAUCGUAGCACACCUGUGUCUCAUCGUUACCAAGACUCACCUACAGGCGAUCCAUUUGCUGAAAAAGUAAUGGCACUCUAUCCCUACAAAGCACAAAAUGACGACGAAUUGAGUUUCGAAAAAGGCGACGUAAUAGUCGUUUUAUCAAAGGACGAAGACUCGUGGUGGCGUGGUGAUUUGAAUGGCACAACGGGGGUAUUUCCAAGCAAUUACGUAUCAUCAAUGUUAGUCGAAGAUGUUUUCAACGGCAAUUCAAGCUUGACGACCAAUCAGCUACAGCCAAACAAUAAUCACAAUUACCAUCACCAUCAUCAUUACCACCAGCCACAACACAAUCAUCAGAUGGAUUCGAUGGAGCGCAAGCGGCAGGAAUAUAUCAAGGAAUUGAUCGCUACCGAAGAAGCUUACAUCAUUGAUAUGCAGUUGGUGCACGAGGUUUUCGAGAAACCCCUUCUAGCCAGUAAUGUACUGAGCGUUGCCGAUGUAGAAAAAAUCUUUAUCAAUUGGAGAGACAUUAUCGCAUGCAAUGAUAAUUUCCUCAGAAAUUUAAGAAUACGAAAGGCCUACAGCGAAGGAGGCGUCGUUCGAAUGAUUGGUGAUAUUCUAUGCGAAAGUAUACCACAAAUGUCCGCAUACGUUAGAUUUUGUAGUUGUCAGAUCUCAUCGGCAGUAUUUCUGCAAAGAUUGACCGAAACCGUACCAGCUUUUGUUGAGGUUUCUCAAAAAUGCCAACAAGAUCCUAGAACCAAAGGAAUGCCUCUGAGCUCGUUUCUCAUAAAACCAAUGCAGCGAAUCACCAAAUAUCCAUUACUAAUUGGAAAGAUAUUAGAAUAUACCAAAGCUGAUCACCCAGAUAGACAGUAUUUGCAAGAGGCUUUAUCCAAAGCCGAAGAAUUUUGCACUCAAGUGAACGAAGGUGUACGCGAAAAGGAAAACAGCGACAGACUUGAAUGGCUGCAGACGCACGUAAACUGCGAAGGUUUAGAGGAAAAAUUGGUUUUCAACUCUUUGACAAAUUCGCUAGGUCCCCGCAAGCUUCUACACUACGGUAUUUUACACAAAGCUAAAAGUGGCAAGGAACUCGUUGGAUUUUUGACCAAUGACUUUUUAAUGUUUGCUCAACCAUUGAAAUCACUACCGAGUGGUCAUCAGUUCUCGUUCGAACGUUGUGAAAACCUCAAAUUCAAACUAUACAGACGACCAAUGUUUUUGCAAAAUCUCGUGAUUUACAACGACAGAAAUGACUCGAUUGCCAAUGGCCGUGGUAAUGUCAGUCCAGGUACGCAAGGUAAUGCCUUUUUCGGCACAAAUGGACACGAUUCUCCUCUAUCAUCGUGGGGAAAUGGGGAGCAGGCUUUGCGCACUUUGAAGCUGGGCGAUGGCAAAAAAACUAUAACACUCGUUGCUCAAUCCGUCAGCGAAUGUUCUCUAUGGGUCCGUCGAAUUGCUGAAGCAAGAAUGCAAUUUGCAGAAAAAUCACGAUUACUUAGGCAGCGUUCGAAGCAAGCGCAAUUCAAAGCAUGUGGAAGAAUACUUGUGACCGUACUCGAAGGAUCGAGUCUUAAAACUAUAAAUGUUCGACAAACACGACCGAAGGGUUACUUUUAUGUAACGAUCGAGAGGGCUGAAUCGCUUUUCUAUAGAGUUAGAGGUAAAUGCAACGCUUUUUGUAAGGUCACAAUGGGCUCACAAGAAGAACACACAAUAGUCGUUUCAGGCACAGAUUGUCCAGUAUGGGAUACUUCGAUGCAAUUCAAAGUUAAAAAUUUGCACGAAGAUACAUUGUGUAUUACUAUUUUUGACAAAGGAUAUUUUAGUCCUGAUGAAUUUUUGGGACGAGCUGAAGUAAGAGUCAUCGACAUAGUGAGAGAUAGCAAAGAUGCUUGCGGUCCUAUCACUAAGCGCAUAAAACUACGUGAAGUUGUUCGAGGAGAUGUAGUCUUAAAGUUAGACUUGCGUCUUUUUGACGGUUAAUUCCAUGAUAGGAAAAACUGUGAAAACUAUUGUAAUGAGCGCAUAAUAGUAUCGUGAUUAUAAAUCAUCAUCAGUCUUAGUUAUGAGAUUUUAAGGAAGCUUUGGUGAAAUAAUUUCCCAAUCAGUAGGCAUUCAUAGAUUUCCUCUGAAUGAUCGAGUAUUUUUAAAUUUUAAUACAUUGCAUGUAAUUUUUCUGCGAAGUCUGAUUAUUUCUAGGCGUUAAGUAAUUGAUAAAAUAUUUUAUAUUUUACUUGAACAAAAUAGAAAAGCUAUUUUUCUUGUAACGACAAUUUUACGAGUAUUGUGAAAUUUGUAUAAUUUUUAGAUAAAUGUAUAAACAAUUGUUAUUUUCAUACCACAAAUGCUCUCUUUCAUCUUAAUGAAAUUAAAUCAUUAAAUGAUAA